CAGCCACUAGGACUUGGACACCUGACAAAAUGAACCUCACCGUUCUCCUAGUCCUCCUGGCAUCAGCGGGCACUGCCCAUGCCGUCCUCCGGAACCUGUGGCAAUUCCGUAACAUGAUCAAAUGCACCAUACCAUCCAGUGACCCCCUCAGGGAUUACAACAACUACGGCUGCUACUGCGGCUUGGGGGGCAGCGGGACGCCAGUUGAUGACCUGGACACCUGCUGUCAAAUCCACGACAACUGCUAUUCCGCAGCCAAGAAGCACCCGGCCUGCACUUUCAUCCUGGACAAUCCUUACACAAAGACCUACUCCUACACCUGCUCUGGCACCGAAAUCACCUGUACAGAAAAGAAUAACGAGUGCGAGGCUUUCAUCUGUAAUUGUGACCGCAGCGCCGCCAUCUGCUUUGCGGGGGUGUCGUACAACAAGGAACACAAGAACAUGGAUACCAGCAAACACUGCGAGUGAUGUUUGGGGAAACCC